AUGUUCCCGUACGUCAUCACAAGCCUCUCAAUCGGUCGCCCGGAAGAAGGCUGUAAAAUGGCGACGGUAGUCCAGCCGACCGAUGAAGACCUCGAAAAGGCAAAAUUAGAAGAACCGGAAGCUUACAGAAGGUAUAUGCUAGGAUGUAACGACCAUUUGGAUCGGCUAUAUCAGCAAUGGGAUUGGAUUACCCUAGAUGAGGUA